AUGAAUACCUCUCAAUUUACAGAUCGAGCCAAUAAGGCUAUAAUGCAAGCUGGGGAUCUUGCAGAACAGUUCUCCCACCCCGAGAUUUUACCCAUUCAUUUGGCUGUCGUUCUCCUUAACCCCAUGGAAGGUGAUGAUGAGGAGCCAGCCAACGAUUCUCACAAAUCUUCCACGGCGCUUUUUAAGCAAGUCAUUCUCAGAGCUCAUGGUGACCCACAGCAGCUUGAUCGCUCCCUACAAAAAGCACUGGUACGGCUACCGAGUCAGGACCCACCUCCCGCCCAACUCGCCAUCUCUCCCGCUUUAUCCAAAGUCCUAAGGUCCGCCAAAGAGUUAUCAAAAACACAAAAAGACAGCUAUGUUGCCAUAGACCAUUUAAUUACUGCAAUGACGGGGGAUUCUACUGUCAAGCGGGCCUUGGCUGAUGCGAAUAUACCUAAUGUGAAGUUGAUUGACUCGGCCGUUCAGCAAAUUCGUGGAACGAAACGAGUGGAUUCCAAAACCGCUGAUACUGAAGAAGAAGCAGAAAAUUUAAAGAAGUUUACAAUUGAUAUGACUUCCAUGGCAAGAGAAGGAAAAAUUGACCCUGUCAUUGGUCGAGAAGAAGAAAUCAGACGCACCAUCCGAAUACUGAGUCGGCGAACUAAAAACAAUCCGGUUCUUAUUGGUGAACCUGGCGUCGGUAAAACGACUAUUGUUGAGGGAUUGGCUCGACGUAUUGUUAAUUCCGAUGUUCCCGCCAACCUUGCACAAUGCAAACUCCUCUCCCUUGAUGUUGGUGCCCUUGUUGCCGGCAGCAAAUAUCGAGGUGAGUUUGAAGAGCGCAUGAAGGGUGUUUUGAAGGAAAUUGAAAAUUCAAAAGAGACUAUUGUUCUAUUUGUGGAUGAAAUCCACCUUCUCAUGGGUGCCGGUUCAUCAGGGGAAGGCGGUAUGGACGCUGCCAAUUUACUAAAGCCGAUGCUCGCACGGGGUCAGCUGCAUUGUAUUGGAGCGACCACGUUGGGCGAGUAUCGAAAAUACAUCGAAAAAGAUCAAGCAUUUGAACGCCGUUUUCAACAAGUCCUCGUCAAGGAACCCACUGUCAACGAAACAAUUUCAAUUCUUCGAGGGUUAAAAGAGAGAUAUGAAGUUCACCACGGUGUUAACAUUCUGGAUGCAGCAAUUGUCUCGGCUGCGACUUUAGCCGCUCGAUACCUUACCGCCAGGCGGCUUCCUGAUUCUGCUGUCGAUUUGAUAGAUGAAGCGGCUGCUGCUGUUCGCGUGGCCCGAGAAUCACAACCUGAAGCUAUCGAUACAAUGGAAAGACGUUUGCGGCAAUUACAAAUUGAAAUACAUGCCCUGGAGCGAGAAAAGGAUGCGGCAUCAAAAACACGCUUAGAGGCUGCUAAGCAGGAAGCAGCCAAUGUUAGCGAAGAACUACUUCCCCUUCGUGAAAAAUAUGAACAGGAAAAGCAACGCAGCCGAGAUAUUCAAGAUGCCAAAAUGAAACUUGACCAACUAAAAGUUAAGGCCGAAGAGGCUACUCGUUCCGGCGACAUGCAAACAGCAUCUGACCUAGUCUACUACGCCAUCCCCGAUGUUGAAAAGCGUAUCGAGCAGUUCGAAGCUGCCAGAGCUCGCCAGGAUGCUGAAGCGGCUCUCAACCCAGGUGGUCAAGCAGAGACGUUACUUGCCGACGCAGUUGGUCCUGACCAGAUUAAUGAAAUUGUAGCCCGCUGGACUGGAAUUCCUGUCACCAGGCUAAAAACUACCGAGAAGGACCGAUUGCUUCACAUGGAAUCUCAUCUGGGCAAGAUUGUUAUUGGCCAGAAAGAAGCCGUCUCCUCUGUUUGUAAUGCUAUUCGGCUUCAGAGAUCUGGGCUUGCAAAUCCAAAUCAACCUCCAAGCUUCUUAUUCUGUGGCCCUUCCGGGACGGGCAAGACUCUCUUGACAAAGGCACUAGCAGAAUUUCUUUUUGAUGACCCAAAAGCCAUGAUCCGAUUUGAUAUGUCUGAGUACCAAGAGCGUCAUUCCCUCAGCCGUAUGAUUGGAGCACCCCCGGGUUAUGUCGGUCAUGAUGCAGGUGGCCAGCUUACUGAAUCCCUCAGACGUCGUCCAUUCUCAAUUCUCCUAUUUGACGAGGUCGAAAAGGCAGCAAAAGAAGUGUUGACAGUCCUUCUUCAGCUGAUGGACGAUGGCCGCAUUACGGACGGCCAAGGUAGGAUUGUUGACGCGAAAAAUUGUAUUGUCGUCUUGACCUCUAAUCUUGGCGCGGAGUAUCUUGCACGACCCAACGCUGCUGAUGGCAAUAUCGAUCCGACCACCAAAGAACUCGUCAUGGGUGCCUUGCGGGACUAUUUCCUACCUGAAUUCUUAAACAGAAUUUCCAGUAUUAUAAUAUUCAACCGGCUGUCAAAACGGGAAAUUCGCAAAAUUGUCGACGUUAGGUUGAGUGAAAUACAGCGCAGACUCGAACAAAAUAGUCGCAAUAUCCAGAUUUCUUGCACAGACAGCGUAAAGGAUUACCUUGGAAAGGCCGGGUAUUCUCCUGCCUACGGGGCGCGGCCGCUUUCGAGACUCAUUGAGAGAGAAGUUUUGAAUCGACUGGCAGUGCUGAUCCUAAGAGGAGCCAUCAAAGACGAUGAGGUUGCACGUGUGGUCAUGGAAGAUGGCCGUGUUACCGUUCUUCCAAAUCAUAUGGAAAGUGAUGACGAAGAUGAAGAGAUGAUCGACGAAGAAGAUGCACUUGCGGAAUUAGAAGAUGACAUGGGAGACAAAGAUCUCUAUGAAUAA